AAUUGGGUGUUCUAGUUCAGUGGGUUUUAUUGGUCAAUAACCAUGAUUCGUUCAUUAGCUGCCAAAUUGGCGAAUAGAAUGGAAUUACACAUGUCGUAUAUCACGUGGUUUAAAACCUCAAUAAUAGGCUAGAGAUCUCAGCUGCUCUCCUGUCAACGCCAGCCGGUUCCAUAACCUUAGCACCCAGUUGGUAGAAAAAUUUUGUAGUAGCAGUAUGGAAAAAGUCAGUCAUCCAAUCACAAGGAAUUCUCCAGAUUCUGCAGAAAAGCCACGACAGGUGAUGGGAAAAAGGAAGGAUCACAUAGAAUGGGACGAAUACUUUAUGGCAAUAGCAUUCCUUGCGGCCAAACGUAGCAAGGAUCCAUCUACCCAAGUUGGUGCCUGCAUAGUCAACAAAGAUAAAAAAAUCGUUGGUGUAGGAUACAAUGGGAUGCCCAUAGGAUGUGAUGAUGACGAAUUCCCAUGGGACAAGAACAGUCCCAAUGUAUUAGAAACCAAGUACCUCUAUGUAUGCCAUGCCGAGACAAAUGCUAUAUUGAAUAAAAAUUCAGCCGAUGUGAAGGAUUGUACGAUUUAUGUAGGUUUGUUUCCAUGUAACGAAUGUGCAAAAAUUAUCAUCCAGUCUCGGAUCAGGCUUGUCGUAUACAUGUCAGAUAAACACUCUGAAAAAGUUGAGACUAUUGCAGCGAAAAAAAUGUUUGAUGCAUCAGGAGUUCAGUACAGGCAAUUCAUACCAAAGGCGGCUAGAAUCGUGAUUGACUUUGAAGCAAUAAAUUGGAAUGCCAUGACGCAGCUGCCACAGACGCCAUCCAAGGAUCAUUGACCUCAUUGAUCAGUUGUAUAUCAGGAGACGAUGUUCUUUAUAAACAGAUUUUAUUUUUUAUUUCUUUUGACAUUUUGUGUUGACCCUUUUAAAGUAGUGUUAACCAAUGGAUGAUAACACUUUAAAAUCUGAAUUGUGAUAUUGCUGGUUAUUCUUAUCCUCAAAAGGGAUCAACGCCUUGUAUUUACAUAUAAAAUAUGAUUAAUUAUAGGUACAAAUGCAGAAAGAGAUGACUUUUCUCUUAUUUUAGGUCUAUACAGCGUUGUCAACUUCACUCUUCACUUGAUGAAAAUGGGGUUUAGCAAAUAAAUAAUAUGAAUAAGAUAUUUUACUAGAAAAUGUAACAACUUGGUAAUAAUACAUGAAUAAUAAUAAGUAUAAUGACACAAGUGCGACUCUGAUUCAAAUAUUAUACAAAUGUGAACGCUUUUGCGGUUUAAUGAUUCUAAUCAAAACUCGACGCACUUUGCUCCUUGUUUUAAUCCAAUCUGAGCGACGAUGUAAAAUAAAUUUUAAAUCCAUCGUA